AUGAGUCGGGACGAGGUUUUGGCACAGCUGAAAAAGGAUGUGCGGUCUCUACUCAUCUCAUCCAAACUGGGGCUUCAGCCUCAGCAGCUUUGCCAAGACUACAUGCAGAUGUUGGGCCAUCCAAUGCCCCUGAAGUUGCUGGGAUACAGAAAUGUGAUGCAUUUUGUUCAUGACGUGCCUGACGUCGUGUCUGUUCUUGUCACUCCAGGCGGAAAUGUGUGCUUGAAAGCUGUUUGUGACGAGUCCACUAAAAAACAAGCAGAACUGGUGACCAAGCAGCGCUUGUCUAAAGCUGAUCGAAGCUCCCAGAGGAGAGGCUACAGCUGUUUCCGGCCACCCUUCCAGUGCAGUCGACCUUCCCCUAUUGAGGCUCUGCAUAGAAGGUUUCGCUCCUCUCCAGUGAUGCCUCCUGAUCUGAGAACCCAGAUCCAUCAUCUGCUCUCCAAGGGUCCGGUCAGGCUGGUCGAACUGGAGUGGGCAUACUUGAACUGCUUUGGUUUCCCACUCUGUGUGAAUAAGUAUGGCUUCCUUACGAAAGAGGAGAUGGUCAUGGCGGCAUCGAACUUCGUCUCCCUUCAGCAUGGUCCGUAUGGCUCAGUUCUGACCCUGAAGCCACUCGUGCUCCCCAAACCACUGCUCCCCCCCUCCAGGGGGACCAGACCCUGGAAACCAAGACUGCCUCCAGCUGACAUCCCCUCCAUCCAAGAGCCACCAGCUGAAAGACUUUUCGGUGAAGACGUGCCUCUGAAGCAGUGCGAAUUUGUCAACAUCAUUAACCUUACUGACAACUUGAGUGACGUCUUCCACGUGAAGAGAACAGGCGGUGACAGCAGACACCAAUGGAUCACCUCAGACAUAGAGGGUGUCAACAACACAAAAACAGAGCAUUCCGGUCUGAUGGUGCCAAUGGAUGCCGUUCUGAGCCAGCGCCUCAAAGCUCCAACGCGUCACAGUGCGAGGGAGAUGGUGGAAGUGUUGGUGGAGGAGGUGGUGUCACCUGGACAUUUCUACAUUCGCUUCAUAUGCAGCGAUGAAACCAACAAAUUUGAGGAAAUGAUGAUUGACAUGAGACGAUGUUACCGGUGUCCUGAGGUGUCCAAGCUUUACUGCCUUCCGGAGCAGUUUGUCCGCCCGGGUCAGGUCUGCUGCUUGUCACCUGCUGGGUGGUGGUUCUACCGUGUGGUCAUCCACCAGGUGUUCAGCUCCACUCAGGUGGAAGUGUACUAUGUUGACUUUGGCAUUCUGUCAGUUGUACACACCACGGACCUCAAGUUCCUAAAGUGCUGCUACGCAGUUCUCCCAGCACAAGCUGUUCCAUCAACACUGGCUGGAAUUACACCGACCAAUGGUCACUGGACUGCUGAGGCUUUGGCCUGCUUUCGACAGCUGUGCUUCGAUCGUAUCCUGGUGGGACUCCUGGAUCAAUACGUUGGUGAUGUGCUGCAGCUCUAUCUGUGUGAUACCAACACCGCAGAGGACGUCUACAGCCACACUGUCCUGACCAGACAAGGCCACGCUAAAGCCUGCAGCUCUGCAGCGUUGAGUCCGAGAGUUACUCCAGUGGGUCUGCACCUGGGAAAUGGCUUGGUGGACCUCCCGGACAUACAGGCGAUGAAGAUUUUAACCCCUCAGCCAUGGGAAUUGCAAGAGGAAGAAGUUGAUUUACCCUCCCUGGAGUUGAUAGAGUAA